CAAAUACAAAGGAUGUAUGUUGUUGCUCUAUAGGGGUCUAAUAUAAUUGUGACUGGAGUACAUUAUACGUCAACGAAAAAGGACAAGAAGAAAAAGGGGCAGGGUGAUGAACUUGACGGUAAAGAGACGGCCAUGGCUUAUAAAGUUUUAACAGCAGAUCAUUGUAAAGAAUUACUUGCUCUAAGUGUGGAGAAUAUGCAACUAAAAUUAAGUGACAUCUUUAAACUACAAGAUAAUUUAACAGAUUUAAAAGAAGCAUCCAUAUUAGAUUAUUAUACUGCUGCUGUAUGGUGGGCUAAAGAAAAUUCUUUCACUGAACAACAGCUAUCAGGGUUUUUUACAGUUAUACAUACAUUACUGGAUAAUGUAAAAGAAAAACAUAUGAGCAUCAUAGAAAAUAUAAAAGAAUUACAGAAAAUGUUGGUUGGUAUUGGUGUAGAACAUGCUAUUCAGCCUUCUGGUGGUUUACAGUUUUUCAAUAUUCAACAAGCUAAACUUAUAUCAGACUAUGUUUCCAACAGUUUAUUUCAGCACUAUAAAAUAUAUGAGUUUAUGUUUAGUCACACACAAGCUGAAGAAAUUAUAGGAACAGAUGUUGAUGUUGAAGUUUGUUUGGCUGCAGAUGUACCUUUCCCUCCACCAUUAGAUGAAGGUAUAAAUGAGAAUAUAUAUCAACAAUAUAUAGCUACCCCACCACCAUCUCCUACUCCUGAACCAAAUGAAGAAGAUAAUACAGUAAACAAAGAAGUUGAUAUUGAUAAAGUUUUACCAGAAGAUAUCAAUAUCUAUAGUGAAUUAACACCAGAAGAUGUUAGAGAUAUUAUAGAAAGUGUAUCUAAAGAAAUGUUGGGAGGUUUACAGACUGAUGUAGCCAAAAAACUUCAAGAAAAAGAAAAUCAAAUCAUCGCCAGAAUCAACAAAAUUCAUAAAGUUGCAGUUACCCCAUCUUCAUGAUUGUUUUUGAUGUCAAGUACCAUGCCACAUCAAUCCUAACUAUCUAUGUUGAAUUAGGGGCUAUGUAUCUUAAUAUUUUUAAUAGCUUCAGUAUAUGAAGUUGUCCUCUUUCAUGGUCUGAACUGUAUAUUUCAAUCAAAAGAAAUGGUGAAAUUUUUCUACCAG